AUGGCUUUGACCGAGUUUCCUCCGCUUCUUUCGGAACAAGAUUUCCAGAAAUAUAAGGUUCCAUUGAAAUGGAGGGAUAGAUGCGCUGCGUACUUCGCCCUUUUCCAAACAUGUCUUAUUAGACAAAGCGCAAACUCAUCUAUAGACUGUCAUCAUGACAAACACAUUUGGGAAGAAUGUGAGGCCUUGGAUUUGAGCAGAAGAAAGCAAGAAUUAAAGGAGGUUAAGGAAAAAUUGAGAUCUAACGACGCUUGA